GGCGGCCCUCUCAUUACCAGGCCGGGAACGAUCCCAGCAACAUCCCAGUGGUCGGCUCUGCCCACGGAGAUCCCCCGCUUCACAAUCGCCAUCCAUCCUCCGAAUUGACGGUGCUUUUUGGAAAAAUAUCACUUUUAAUCGUCUCGGGAUAUUCUCCAGUUGUCGAAUCUGAGUCAGAAGGCACUUGGGAGAGGUGCAAAAAAAAAUUUUCGUACUCAAUGACAUUACAUCGCAAUGUCAGAUCGUUUGGGGCAAAUAACCAAGUCCAGGGAUGGAAAAAGCAAGUAUUCCUCACUCAGCCUAUUUGACAAGUACAAGGGAAAAUCAAUAGAAGCUCACAAAAACACAGUACUUCCACGACAUGGCUUACAGAGUCUCGGAAAAGUGGCUGCAGCCCGGCGGAUGCCCCCGCCUGCUCACCUGCCGAGCUUGAAGUCUGAAAACAAAGGAAACGACCCUAGUGUGAUUAUAGUGCCCAAAGACGGUUCAGGAUGGGCGAACAAGCAGGAACAACCCGAUCAAAAGAGUUCUAUUGCAUCAAUGCAACAGCUGCAGGAGUUGCCGCCACAGCUGGGUUUACAGAAAUCUGUCUCCAAUCUUCAGAAACCGUUGCCAGCAGCCAACCAGGAGAACACAAACACAGGGGGACCAAAGCAAUGGGCCCAGCCAAAUGGAAAGGCAGUAGAGCAAGAUGGUUCAAGGGCCUCAAACCGACUUCAGCCCUUCUCUCACGAGGAAUUUCCCACAUUGGGGGCAGCUGGAGAACAGGACAAGGUUGGCAAGGAAAGAAGCGGCUUCGAUCCGUGGUAUGGGCCCGGACCAAGCCUCCGCCCGCAGAAUGUGACGAGCUGGAGAGAAGGUGGUGGCAGGAACCUUCUUCCUUCAUCACUGGCCCCCAGCCUGCCAGCGGACCCUGAGAGUAAAGUCAGUGCUGGGGGUGAGGCUGGCGCCCCUGCAGCCUCGUCCCACCCCUACACUGCCACUGGCACCAGCUCCUCCAGCGUGGCCAGGGCUCAGUCUCCGAGCCUGGAGCCCAAGGAGACUUCGCUCCGACCCGCCCAGCCGGUGCGCCGACCAGCCGUCCCCGCUUGCCUCCAAUACCAGCUGCAACACACGUCACUAGCUGUGUACCACGACAUGUUGCCGGCCUUUAUGUGCACAAGAGAGGCCCAAACUCCAGAGUCAGAAUAUAAUUCUGGCACGUUAGGGGCUGCGGUUCGUUUAGACAGCAAGCCGACUUUCAGGCAGGGUUACGCCAAACCAGAACGAGUAAUGGUUGAUCCAAGAAGAGAGAACCGCUUUGUCCGUGCACCGCCUCGAGUCUCUUCUCAGCCCAUCCGCAGGCCUGGUGAAAGACCACAGCGCCCAGCCAUUAUUAAUCCAGAAGAUUUGAAGGACCUGGAUGAUCUUGACAAGAGCUGUGAUGAUGGAUGGGCUGGACUUCAUGAAGAAGUUGAUUAUGGCGAGAAGCUCAAGUUCAGUGACGAUGAAGAGGACCACUCCUCCAAUGAUAAAAACAAGAUCUGGGCUGAUUGGAUGAGGAAUAGAGAGGGCCACCGGGACUGCCCGGCCUUUCUGGGUUCAGGGGAGGUGUUGUAUCCCCAAGAGGGCGCCGAGGAGAAUUAUUCCUGCAGACAUCCCAACCAAGACCCCAUCAGGAAGCCUAGCAGCAGCAGCAGAUAUCCCUCUCUGGACAGCCAGGCCCAGCAGAGGAGCCACGGGGAGUUGACCCCUGACCCGGACGAUGCCCAGAGGCAGCUUCAGGGCCAGGCACCAGCCAGGUCCAAAUAUGCAUCGCCCGAGCUGUCUGAGGCCGUGGAACGAGCCCGCAGGAGGAGAGAGGAGGAGGAGAGACGAGCCCGCGAAGAACGGCUGGCCGCAUGUGCUGAAAAACUCAAAAAAUUGGAUGCGAAGUUUGGGAAGCCCGAAAGGCCGACAUCGAGGUCUGAUGACGGCCCGAAAGAGGCGGAGGGCAGAAAAGUCCCACAGUCCCCAAACAGGGAGCAGAGCAAAAGCCAGUCUGAGAUCUGGCAGUACAGCACAAAAGAUGAAGUUGAGAGCCUGGGAGAAAACUCCCCUGCUCAUAGUUACCUGGAAGACCUGGGCUUCUCCGCCCAACACGGCAGCGAGGACGAUGUCCAGGACCACUUCUUCCCGUCAGAGGACGGUGGCGGCCGCCUGCCCUCCAAACCAACUCCACCCCGCUUUCAGAAGCAGCCGCAGCCCCAACACCAGCAGGACCAAGUGCAUAAGAUGCAACAAUGGCAGCAGUCCGGUCACACGGGUCCAACAGCCUCAACCCAUCCCCACCGGAGCUUCUACACUUCACACGUCCUCGGGUUUGACCCCCGCUGGAUGAUGAUGCCACCUUUUAUGAACCCCUGCAUGGUCCACGGGCGCCCACCCGUGGACUACUACCGUGGUUCAGUUCAUUCUUCAGGAAUGGUAAAGCCCACCAUGCAUCCGGACCACUUGAGUCCUGGUUCUGAUGAAGGAGCCCAGUCCAACCUGCACCAAGAGAGACGAGCCCCUUCUGCCGAGCCUCAGCAGAGACAGUAUGACGGCUCAGAUAGUGGGCAGGCGGCUGACAGAGACGAUACAGAGCCUUCCCACCCGGACUGCUACGAAGACGCGGCAGACGACGGCUCGAGGCAGGAUUACCAGAGCCGCGGCUCGGACAAGGAGCACCACGGCCUGCUCACCACCGCUCAGAACAUCGGUCUAAAUCUCCCAGAGAAAGAAUAUACUAAUCAGAACCCCAGAAAGGACUACCUGAAAGUCUUCCAGGACUCUCACAGCCAGACGCCAGACGACCCCGAAGACGACUGGAAAGACGAAGGAAACCAGAAACAGGGAGGAGGAUUCAGAAAAGCUCAGAGCCAGUGGUCGGAGACCAGUUCCAGUAGCAGCGCCGGCCAGCCCUCCGAGACCAGCGGGCGGACCUUGACUCGCAGAACUGGGCCCAUCAAGAAGCCGGUUCUCAAGGCUCUCAAAGUGGAAGACAAGGAGGCCGAAAAGCCUAAACCUGAACCCGAGGAAAAGCCUGUCCCCUACCGCCUGGAGAAGGAAGUCCUGACUAAUGUUUACGACUUAAAAAAAGAUAACCCGCCUCCCAUCGGCAGACGUUCGGCUUCACCUUUUGUUGAGAAACCGCCCGAGGAGAGGCGGCAGCCGUCACCGGCUCCCGCCAAAAUGGAGAGGCCUCAAAGCGCCAAUAGUAGUGACCCCCCCAGAGAAAACCCCUGGGACACCGGAAAGAAUCAGUCGACUAAAGACACCCAGGAAGCCCGAGAAUCUCAGGCACCAAGGCGAAAUAACUGGAUCUUCAUCGACGAAGAGCAGGCCUUCGGUGCAGUGAGAGGGGGCGCCAGGGGUCGCAGUCGAGGGUUCAGGGAUUUCGGUGCGAGAGGGGGAACUCGCGGCGGCCGAGGCGGAGAAAACCUCCGAGGGGCGUAUAAUAACAACGGCGGCGGCAGCAGCAGCAGCGGUGUUCAGAGGCCCGGCAGAGGUCGUCCCGUCAAGGUCGACGACUUCCAGAGAGGCAAACCCCGCCGGAGAAAUGUGAGCGAGACCUUGAGCGAAGCUUCCGAGUACGAGGAGCUUCCCAAGAGGCGCCGCCAGAAGGGAUCCGAGAACGUCGAAGGUUACUUGGAGCCGGGAGAAGCCCGCAAGGCCGAUAGAGACUCCUGGAGGUCCAACAGGGUGUACGCCGACGACCAGGCCGCCGCCGACGCCAGGGAACGGAGCAAAGCCGGCCGCGGCGGCUACGUGGGCCGCGUCCUGCCCCCCAGGCUGAACAACGCCGGCGGCUACGGCCGAGGCUUCGCGGGGCCCAGGGAGGCUCCCGCGUGGAGGGGCCGCGGCCCCCAGUUCAACAGCAACCCCGGCUUCAUGCAGGAGAACGGCUACGGCCCCGAGGCGGCCUACUCACGCAGGCCCCCGGUGGACCGGGACUCCCUCAAGUACCCGCCCAAAUUCACCGGCUCCUUCACGGAAAACGGCACGGAGGAGUUCGAGGGCGACAACGCCGACCGCCAGGCGAUGGCGAGGCGACGGCGCCCCCAGCGGCAGGACAAACCCCCGCGCUUCCGGCGCCUGCGGCAGGAGCAGGAGCCCGGCUCGUACCAGUGGACGAGCGACGAGUACAUAAACGGAGAUCUGGCCAAGUCCUGGACGGGUCGCCUCAAGUGCAGCGGCGAGGACGGUUGGGCCGGCGGCCACUCGGGACACCCGGGCCAGCAGGGUCAGGCGGAGGAGUGGGAGACGGGGUCGGACAACAGCGACUUGAUCGACUUCAGAGACAAGCGAGGUUUGGCCGCGCAGGGACACGGCGACGGCCCGCCGGACUCGGGCCACGGCGACCCGGGCGAGAAGAGGGAGCUUUCCAAGAGGAGCUUUUCCAGCCAGAGGCCGCUGGUGGAGCGGCAGAACCGGAAAGGGGAACCGUCUCUGCUGGAAGGAGGCAGGAUGUCACGCACGCCUGACGCCGCCUCCGGCAGGGGCGACGCCUGGCAGAACGGAGGGACUUCUUGUAGGAGCAGGACCCCGGAUGAGUCUGGAUCCGUCUACGGCAUCGACGCGUCGCCGGAGGACAGGGAGGCCGGUGAAACCUCGGGGAAGAAGCUGGACAAGGAGCUGAAGGCCGGAUCCGUCAAGACGGACGCCGACGAACCUCUCUCCCCGUAUGAAAUUGGCUUAAUUGAAGGAGACGCAGGGGGACAGGGUUCAAAUCAAGAUGGAUACCAGGAUGCUUUGUCCAAAAAUCAAAGACGCCCGCAGGAAGAUGACAGGAGGAAGAAAGUUCCAGUCAAAACCAGGACAUUGGCACCACGCUUCUCUAAAAAGCAGGGAGGUCUGAACAUGGAACAACCCGAAGAAGCAAUUUCUUCCAACAAUCUAGGAACUGAUAUCUGGGAGACCAACAGCUCAGCUCUUUCAGUUCAGUCCUCGGGGGGCGACUCCUGGACCAAGCAGGUGUCUUACACGGCGAGUGAAGCCAACUCCGAGGAUUCUGACGCCGGUCCAGAACAGAAUAAAGAACAGCACAAACCGGGGCCCAUAGGCAACGAACGCUCCCUGAAGCACCGCAAGGGCUCGGAAGGCGUGGACCGGCUGGAGGGGCGACCCAUCACGCCCAACAACGGCGUGGACCUCCACGUGGACGCCGUCCUGCCCGUGCCUCCCAUCGAGUUCGGCGUCAGUGCCAAAGACUCUGAUUUCAACCUGCCGUCGGGCCCUGCCCCGGUCCCCGUAUCCAACACCGUCGGCAAACUCCAAGAUGCACUUACCACCAAUACGUCGCUAAAUCAGAGCAUCCCGAUUUUGCGUUCGCCCCUGCAGCCCGGCAUCACCCUCAACACGCUCACCUUCCCCAGCGCUGAGCUCAGUCUUAAGAUGGAGUCUGCACGCAAGGCGUGGGAGAACUCUCAGUCCCUCCCAGAGCAGGGCUCCCCUGGUGGCGGGGCGUCAGGUGUGCAGCCUCCGUGCAGCGGCGGCUCUUCCAGCGUCAACUACAGCUCUUUUGGGGGAGUUUCCAUGCCGCCGAUGCCUGUGACGUCCGUCACGCCUUCCAUGUCCAUGCAAGGUAAUCCCAUCCCCCCGUUGUACCUGGAUGGCCACGUUUUUCAAAGCCAGCCGCGGCUGGUGCCGCCCACCCUGACCCAGCAGCAGACCUACCAACAGGCGGCGCAGCAGAUCCCCAUCUCUUUACACACGUCUCUUCAGGCUCAGGCUCAGCUGGGGCUUCGGGGGGCUCUACCCGUGUCCCAGUCCCAGGAGAUGUUCAGCUCCAUGCCGCCCUUCAGGUCCCAGGUUUACAUGCACCCCAACCUGUCGCAGCCCAACCCCAUGGUGAUGGCUGGAGGGAACCCCCUCAAGGGCCCUUUCUCGGCCUUCCCAACCAUGCAGCCCUCGGACAUGGUGAAACCACAGUCGGCUUCACACUACCAGCCGAUGAACGGCAGCCAACCGCUGGUCUACGACAACCAGAUGAACCAGGGGCCCGGUAUGGGAUCUUCACAGUUAAUGGACUCUCAGCUCAUUCAGGUGACGAUGCCCCUGCCCGGCUCCCAGCUGCGCUACGGUUCGGCCCAGCAGCAUCUCAUCCUCCCUCAGUCCAUCCAGCUGCCCCAAGGCCAGAACCUGUCGGUGGGCGCGCCGCGCCGAAUGCUGCCCCCCGGCUCCCAGCCCAACGUCAUGACCGGCGGCAGAGACGGCGGUCAAAUGGAAAUGAAAGGAUUUCAGUUCUCUGAAAAGCUCAAUCAUUCCCCAGGCUUAUCUGGAAGUUCCUACAGGCCUGGCUCUGCGAGUCCCAGUGGGAAGUCCUCUGGCCCUGGGGGGCCCGUCGGCCCUCUGACCGCACAUUUUACCCAGCAGGUCCCACAAGCUCAAGGCAGCAUGGUCAUGCACAUGCGCCCCCCCACUACCGGCCCCUUCCCCAACCCCAUUCAGAGACCCGUCAUCAUCCGCCCCCCCCCUUACAACCCCGGCCGCGAGCCCCCCCACCCUCCCCCUCCUUCGGCCCCUGAGCCCCCAGUCAAAGGGCCCGAGGAUGGCAUGAAGGGUAAAACACUGCACGAGGUCCGCAAGGCAGUGAGAGAAUCUAAAUCAGCAUCCGGGGGAAUGACCAGCAAACUCCAGGAGCCCCCGGCCUCCGCGGGUCAAGCCAAACCAGCACGCACUGGACCCAUCAAACCCCAGGUUACCAAGGUAGAAGAGAACAAGGCAUAAAAACGGACCUCCGACUCGUCAUUACCUCCAAGCCUGCCAACGCGACGCUCCUUGACCAGUGUCUGAACCCUCUGCAGCUGAUCCCCGCGGCCAGGCGGGGCAAACACCCGCAGAUAUCACUUUCCCUUCUGGCACCGUCAGAACUGGACUCUUGUUUCACACACCGAGUUUAGAGUUAUAUAAAUAUAUAUAUAUAUAAAUAUAUAUCCAUACACAGACCAUGUUUAAGCAGUUCUCUUCAAUCUCCUCUUUAAUUUAUUAGUCACUUUUUGGUUAUUAUGUUUUUGUGUUUUCUUUUUUUUUUUUUUUUUUUAAUCUCUGCAAGUAGGGGGGGCGGGGAAGAAAAAUGGCCGGUUCUAACCGCAUUUCAUACUGUUUCUCCCGCCAAAACUGUUUCUCCCCAUUGGAACUGAGGCCCUAAAGACCCACACAACCCACUUUUGCAGUCUGUUGUUUUAACUUUGUUUAAGCAAAUUUGCAGUGGGGCACUUUUGUCAUUUCAUAUGUUGUUUUGCUGGUGAAAAAUAAAGGUUCGUCACAACCAUC